UGAUGGAGGACGAUUACACGCCAAUUAACAACAACAACAUCGCAACAAGAAAUGCCGAGCAUAUCCCACGCACAUUCUCAGCAGCUUACCAUGGUUUAGGAACUAAACCUGUAACCUGGCGGAUCUGCCACUGCAACUAUCUCCGUUUAUAUAGAUCGAACACUCAGAGUAUCAACUGUCGAGUGGAAUGAAGUAUAUGUGCUAAUUAAGGAGCUGUUUUUUUUAUCAUGGAUGGUACCAAACGAGUAGUGCUGAUCACCGGGUGCGGCAAGGGCGGCAUCGGCUACGAGUACUGCAAGGCCUUCGCCUCCCACGGCUGCUAUGUCUUCGCCUCCGACCUCCCCGACCGCCUGCAUGACCUCGCCGACCUCGCGUCCGAGAACGUUGAGCCGCUCGAGCUCGACGUCUCCUCCGACGAGAGCGUAGCGGCCGCGGUGUCCGAGGUCCUGGCCUCCCGAGGCCGCAUCGACGUCCUCGUCAACAACGCCGGCGUCGGCAGCACCGGGCCGCUGGCGGAGCUCAACCUGGACGAGAUUCGGCGUGCGUGGGAGGUGAACGCGCUGGGCCAGGUGAGACUGGUGCAGGCGGUGGCCCCGCGCAUGGCCGCGCGGCGCGCCGGCCGGAUCGUCAACGUGGGCAGCGUGGUGGGCGCGGUCGCCACGCCUUGGGCCGGCUCCUACUGCGCCACGAAGGCGGCGGUUGACGCCAUGUCGGACGCGCUCCGGGUGGAGCUUCGCCCGUUCGGGGUACACGUCAUCAAGGUGGUGCCGGGGGCGGUGCGGUCGGGGCUGGGCCGGGCGAACGCGGAGCGACUGGCUGCGCGGAGCUGGCGGCUCUACGAGGGGUUCGAGGAUGCGAUUGCGGGGAGGGCGGGGGCGUCGCAGGUGGGGCGGGCGACGGAGCCGGGCGUUCUGGCGCGCCACGUGGCCCGGCGUGUGCUGAGCCCCCGGCCGCCGAGGGCGAUCGUGUUCGGCCACAUGACGGGCCUGUUCGCGGCGCUCGCCUGGUCGCCGCUUUGGCUUCGCGAUUGGUUCUUCGCCAAGCGCUUCGGGUUGGAUAAGAAAUUAUAAGAGAAAAAAAGGAUCUCUUCUCUCCUCUAGCAGACAUGAUCAAUGCGAGAUUAAUUUAUGCCAUCAAUCAAUGUUCUUGACACACAUGAACAAUGUUUGCGUGUCCGAAAGA